AUGGCCGACGACAGCUACCGGCAAGACUAUCAUCAGCAAAGCCGUCCAGACGAGAGCCAAUCUCAACCUCAGUCGCAUUACCCUCCUCCCCCAGAAACCACCCAGCGCCCUCUCGACGCUCACCCGGCCACCAUGGCUGCUUCUGUUACUCUCCCAUCUAUUCAUGACCCGCGCAGCUACGGCCCGCCGGCUGCAGCACCACCCCGAGGCUACCCUAGUGAUCCACGAUAUGCGUCUCCCAACGCUGUCAACGGUUAUCCGCCUCCCGGCGGGCAGCAGCCUCCUCCUGGCCAGCAACAGCAACCGUAUCUCCCGCCUCUGCAGCCGCAGUCUGACCCGCGUUCGUCGGCCUAUCCUCCUCCCCCGCAAGACCAGCGAGGUGGCUACUACGAUGAUCGCCGCCCUGCCUAUGGGCAAGAGCCUUACCCGCAGGAUCCCUACUAUGCCCAUUCCUACUAUCGACAGCCGCCGCCUGGUCCCCCACCGCCAAAUGGUCACCAGAACUACCGCAACCUCGCUGGCGGCGUUUACGAGUACCCUCAAGUUGGACCUGGCAACCCUCCCCAAUUGACCCAAGCAGCGCCUCGACAGCGUACCUCGAUUGCGUGCCGAUAUUGUCGUAAGAGAAAGAUCCGAUGCAGCGGCUAUCAGAGCGCUCCUGGUGGCAAGUGUCAAAACUGUGCCAGAAUGAACCAAGAAUGCAUUUUCCAGCCAGUCUCUUCCUCGAGCUCCACCGCUUUCAUCCCAGUCUCUGCAGUCCCCGGAGGUGUUCCUCCUGGCACUCAGCUGUUUGGAGCAUACGGUCAACCCUUGGCGCCAGGCACCGUCCCACCUCCGCCUCAGCAGCCUCCUCCCCCAACUUAUCAGCAGCACCCGAAUGUUCCCCCUCCGGCAAACUAUUAUGCGCCUGUUCAAUCACCAACAGAGUCGUUCUCUUCCUACGGAGAUGCGAGAACCGACGAUGGAAGCCAAGUUGCUGGACGCCGCCGCCGCAGGACCUCGGAGGAGCAGGAGGAGGGUUAUCGACUGCCUCCACCACGCAGCGCAUUGGAGGAGGAUCCACGAAGGAGGUCUCCCGCCGAAUUUUCGAACCACAGCAGCCCGGGUGGAAUUGGAUACCCGCCGUACGGGGGCCCGAGACAGAGCCCUCGUAACCCAACAAGCGGCACCCUACCCCAGCCUGCGACGAGCGGAGGAUAUGCUGCUUCCGCACCCGGCGGCCGCUCUCCUACAGGCCAGAACGGCUCCAGUGGCGCCUCGACUCCUGCGAGACAGGGACAGCAACAGGGGCAGCAGCAGCAGAGUGGAAACCAGUCGAUUAUGAGUCUCAGCAACCUGGUGGAGCAGAAUGACAUCGACAAGACCAUGAUCGAGCGAUUGAAUCGACCUUUGCCAGGACAGCCAGGAGGACGACGACGAGAUGCCAGCCGUUGA